AUGAAACCAAUAGUCAAUUUGAAACUAAUAUCCCAUCAUGUCGAGGAAAACAUAUCACAUGUUAGUAGUCAUGUUCCUCAAUUGGCUAAACAGCAGAUACCAGCGGAAGUUAACGCUUCAAUAGGUCAUUUGCUGGCAUCAUCAACAACAGCACACCCUCAGAGCGUGGAGCCACAACCGCUAACAGAGGAACCGAAUAGAAGACGACAGUUUGAGGAACGGGAACGGCCUAAUCAAAAACAUUUCCAUCACUGGCACAAUGGACAAAGGGUGCAUCGGGUGUAUGCCAAUGAGAACCGCCGUCACUAUCAUCGACGACAUCCUCCGUAUCACAGAUGGACGCCACGACGGCGACCAUCGCGCCACCAUCAUCGCCACCAUCACGAUCAACAGUACUUUUUCGGACAAUGGUCUCCAUGGUCGUCGUGUUCACCAGACUGUAUGAAGCGGCGGGAGCGUCACUGUAAAAUCAAACGGAAAUGUGGCCAUACGAAACAUAUUGAAGAGCGCAAAUGUCGACGAUGUCAUCCGGCUGAGGUGGAUCAUCAUGGUAAAUGGUCAACAAGCACGUCAAGCAGUCUACCACCGCAUGGUGUCCAACAGCAGCAACAACAACACACCAGCAACACAGCCCCGACAAUUGUCAUUAAUGCGGCAGCAGCUGCUGCCACAGCUCCCGUAGCUGCAACGGCAACAAGUGUUGGCAGCCAGACGCAUCAGCCCACACUGAGUGUAGCGGUUGGCAAACCAACCGAGUUGUACAGCCAACAUCCUGUCAUACAAAGUGAGGAACUUGUUGCCGAACAUGUAGUGAGCAGCACGAGUGGUGGCGGUCGUCACGAGUAUUGGGGAGAGGCGGACGACGACAGUGAGGAAAUAGAUUUUUUCGUCAUAAAGGCGAAAAGGAAAAGGCCAAAUCGUAAUCAUACCCCUCGACCAGAUGUAACCUACCCCGAUAUUCCCCUGCAGCAGCAACUAAAUGAUUAUUCCGAAGAGCAGGCAGAAGAUGCUCUAAAUGAAUUGGGUUCGGCACAAUCGCCCAGUGAAUAUUUGCAGUCAUCGACGACAAAUGUAAAAACGAUACGGCACAGUGGUGGGUCGAGAACAUCAUCAAGACGGCAGAGAUACAAUCAACCGCACCAUAGACAUCGUGGACAUAAUCAACGCCACCACCGUCAGGAAGUGAAAACAUUCGAUGAUGGAUCUGAGGGUGAGGUAUUCCAAUAUGAUGACUUCGAUAUUGAUUUGAGCCAUGGUGAUAAUCAGGAGCAGGCCGGCGAUAUGUCCUAUGAAGAGUUCGGUGACUAUAACGAAUAUCGAAAUGUGACGGGUGCUGCUGUUCAACCGAUUCGGGAGCGUGCCACACCCGAACAUUUAAUUCCCAAGCAUAGACGAAUCUAUUCGAAAUGGAGUCGAUGGACAAAGUGUACACCGAAGUGUACGACGCGGAGAUAUAAAAAAUGUCGCGUUCGUGAACAGUGCGGCCGGGAGGUUCUUCGCGAAAUAGCCUACUGCUACACCGAGGGAAGUUUUUGCCAACAAUGGCUGCAGGCCCAGGUGCAAAAAAUACCCGCCUAUGAGUUACGACCAUCGGCCACCCGAAGACGAGAUAUCAGUGAUGAUGGUCCCAUCUCGAAUUCAAUUGUCAGUGAUUUCAUUAUGAACGGUAAGGGUUAUCGUGGACCCGAAUACACCCCAAUGAAAUUGAAAUGUGGUAUUGCUCCGAUCCGAAGUAAUAAACGGAAUAUGUAUAAUAUGUUGAAGAUAAUCGGAGGGAAGGCGGCACGCAAAGGUGAAUGGCCAUGGCAGGUGGCGAUUUUUAAUCGUUUUAAGGAGGCAUUUUGUGGUGGCACCUUGAUUGCACCCCAAUGGGUCCUGACGGCCGCCCAUUGUGUACGAAAGGUGUUGUACGUCCGCCUGGGUGAACAUAAUCUGGAUCAUGAGGAUGGCACGGAGCUGCAUUUGAAGGUUCUGAAAAGCUAUAAGCAUCCGAAUUUCGAUAAGAAAACUGUGGACAGUGAUGUUGCCUUGCUGAAACUCCCCAAACCCGUUAAUACCACAACCUGGAUUGGCUUCUCCUGCCUACCCAAACCCUAUCAACCGUUGCCGAAAAAUAUUGAAUGCACCGUAAUUGGUUGGGGUAAACGUCGUAAUCGUGAUGUGGCCGGCACGAGUGUCCUGCAUCAGGCGGAAGUACCCAUAAUUUCUAUGGAUAAUUGUCGUUCGGUAUAUUACGAUUACACGAUUACGAAAAAUAUGUUUUGUGCGGGUCAUAAACGUGGCCGGAUUGACACAUGUGCCGGUGAUUCUGGUGGCCCACUGCUCUGUCGUGAUAAUACCAAACCCAAUCAUCCAUGGACCAUUUUUGGCAUUACCUCAUUCGGUGAUGGCUGUGCCAAACGGAAUAAAUUCGGUAUCUAUGCCAAGGUGCCGAAUUACGUGGAUUGGGUAUGGUCGGUCAUCAAUUGCAAUGGGAAUUGUAAAAUGCAUCAGCGUUUGUAG